CGCAUUUCAUAUUGCACAACACAAUCCUUUGUAUUUUUCCAUUGUGCACAACACAUUGUCGAUACAGAAUAUUUCUUGGCAUUAAAUAAAUAAUUGCUUAAAUUUCUCAUCCACAUAAUAAUUGGCACUUCAAUUAGUUAGAACUAAAGUACUGAUCAAUACGAUUUUGAAAAGAUUUUGGUCAAUUGAAUUGUCGAAAAGAAGCAAGAUGGACGCCAUGACAAUGGAUUGUAGAGAAGAGAUGCACACAAUGCUCAUCGCAUUCGAACGGCAGGCAAUACAUUCCUUGGGCAAAAUAAGAAUGGCUUUUAAACGCAAUGGUUUGUCAUUCAACCAAAAGUUUAAGCAAUACUUCUUGCGGGCGUCGAAUGUUCGAUUGGAACAAACCUUCAAUCAGUUCGAAAUCAAUUCACAGUUGGAAGAUGAAAUCUUUGGCCACGCAAGUUCAAGUACGUCACGGGCAACAGCAAGCAGCGCUGGUGCCACGAUCGUUCCAGGCCAUUUCAAAAUUGAAUUCGAGGACCAAACUCACAAUCUGAUCGAGAUCGAUGAUUCAAGCGAUGAAGAAAGUGCAACGGGAAGAGCGCACUAUUCCAAUGAAUCGGUUCGUGAUGCAACAGCACCAAUUAUAUUGUCUGCUGAAAUUUCGGGUGCAAAUGCGCUUGACAAAGGCGAUCGAUUGGAACAGAACGAAGAAAGAGGAAUACCGACGAAAGGAGCCAACGCUAUGACCAUAAUCAGAGGACGUCAUCCAAUUGCAAGAACAGCAACAAGCGACAAAGAAAGGUGCAUUGGGUUUGAUGCUGUCCAGAAUGAGGACAAUACUCCAGCCGAGAAUAGCGACGAUAAUACCACAAACCGCGUUCAAACGAGCAAUCCAAUGGUUGUUGUUGAAGGUCAACACGCCACGUUGAAUGACAUGAAUGGAAAAAGUGGCGUUUACAAUGUAUCGAUGACAGUUGUUGGUACGUCGAAGGAUGGACAACGACUUUCCAAUGCUUAUUUAGUGGACAAAAGACCAGAAAUAAAUAAGAAGUCAAUGGUUUCAAGUAAUCUACGACUUGCUUUGGAACAAUCGAUGAGGAAAAAAUUCAGAUGCACUGUUUGUGAAUAUUCUAGCAAUAUGAAGGAAAAUCACACCAGACACAUGCGGAGACACACGGGUGAAAAGCCAUAUCGAUGCGAUCGGUGUGGAAAAGGAUUCAUAAGUGCACAUCAAUUGAAGAUGCAUGCUGUAACUCACACUGAUGAUUUCCCGUUCCAUUGCAAGGGCUGUUUCGGAAGAUUUUCUCUGAAGACUGAACAAGAAGCCCAUGAAAAACUGUGCAAGUUACGUCGCUACGAAUGCUAUCUCUGCAAGAAGUUUGUCACUCAUGGGAAAUCUCAUUUGAAAUUGCAUAUGCGAUCGCACACAGGUGAAAAACCAUUCCGUUGCGAAAUUUGUAUGACGCGCUUUGGUCAUAAAAUUGGUCUAAAACGACAUUUGGACAACAUUCACACCAGAAUCCAUAUAUAGGAUCUUCAUAAGAAGCGGGUCUACAACAAUGCGAUUUUCUCAAUUUGCCCAAUCUAAAAUUGCUCAACUCAUUUUAUUAACAAUUUCUAACCACUUGACGCAUCAACCAAAUACUUUUAUCCGAGAUAAAUUGACAUUUUGCUCAUUUUAACCUUUUUAAUUCUUUCGUCAGCCAUCAAAUAUAGCUGCAAUUUUGACAAUAAAACUUUUCUUUUCAGAGAGAAACAAUAGAGAAUAGAUGAAAAACAAAGAUUUCAAAAAAUCAGAAAAAUUCAAUAUUUUGUCCAUCAUUAAUCAGUUAUUUUUAUAAGAAGAUCCGUAUUGAUCCAAAAGAUUCCUUCAAAUCUAGAUUUAGUCGUAUUCCACACAAAUAUGUAUUGAACUAAAAAUAUUUUCUGAAAUAAAUAAAGCAAUUUUCCACAUUUUUAUGGAUCAGUUCC